GUAUCCGGCAUGCUCGGGUCAGGCAAGUACAUUCUAGAACUCAAUUGGGCAAGGACGGUGCCUAUUUAACGCGUUUACUGUGCUAUCUGUCCACUUCAAUCAAGUGGCCACAGCUGCCAGACCCUUAGCUAACACCUGCUUUGCAGCUGGCAGUACCUAGGUAGUUGGUGACGCAGGCCGUCGAUAAGGUCCGCAGGGUCCGCAGGGUUCCGGUCUUCCCAGAACCUUCAAUCUUACAACUGACACAAAACCAACACGCCACCAAACAAAACCAUUCCUUUUUUCCUUUCUUCAUCCAAAACAACGACAGAUUCCUAUUUCAUCCCAUUAUCCUGCGCUUCUAUGAAGCAUUAAACCUAUACGUCCACUGCUAUCAUAUACUUCCCAAAAAGAUGCAGUUGACCUCCAUCGUUUCCGCCGCUGGCCUGGCGGCUCUAUCCAACGCUUUUCUUCUCCCUCCUGACAUCGCCGAGUCCGAUAAUGAUAUUAUCACGACCCUUCCGGUCCCUGUCCAAGUCGAUACCAUUAUUCCCCAUGUCACCGAAUCUCAAAACUUAAAGCUCAAGUGUCCCGGCUGUCCCGUUCCUAUCCCCCAUCAUGGAAAGGUUAAGGUUAUGAACGAUAUCCCGAGCCAUCUUGAGCUGGACUUCGGCAUCGCGCAUUCCGACAAUGCCGAUCGCUUGAUGCUGAACGACUUCGAGCUUUAUCCUAACGCUGACCCCUUCCGAAACACGCUCUCUGCGCCUGUUCUCCCCGACGUCCUACAUCGACAAAUGAAGAAGCGCCCUCAUUCCAAGGGUCCUAAGUCUCAGGCUCUAGGCUUUGGUAUGCAGACUCGACCUGUUGCCAAGAAUGAAGAAGACGCCUUGGAGCUCAUCGAAAUCGAACUCGACAUUAUCGAAGUUGGCGACGUCUUUGUUGAUGGUAUUCCCAAGGUCCAGAUCAAUGUUGUCAAGACUCCUGCUGGAAAGUUGAUACUUGGAGAGAUCAAAACACUUGACUCCGAGGCUACGCAAGGCAACCCUAUGGAUAAACAAAAGGAAUGCGCCACCCUACUCUGCAAGUGGAAGGCCGCCGUAAUGCAGAAACUUGCCGGCCUUCGUUCCCACAAAGGAUGUGGCGGUCGCCCCGCCCUUGUUAAGGGUCAUGAAGAAACCAAAGUAGAAGACCCGCAAGAGCCUCAUCGCGGCCAUCGUCAAAAGAACUGGGGACUGUUGUUUAAGAAUAUCGCUUCCCACAUCCUUCUCCCGGUUGCCGUCGGUAUCUUGGCUGGUAUCACUGCUUGCAUUCUCGGCAUGAUUGCUGGUACAUUGGCCGUCUUCCUCUGGCGUGCUGUUGUCCGCCGUGGUGCCACACGACGACACCACCACCGCCGACACGCUCAUCACCGCAAGGCCUCUCAUUCUGAAGCCAUUGUCAACGAGGAGAAGUCGGGCUUAAUGGAGAACCAGGAAGAAGUUGAUGCUCCCCCUGCCUACGGUGAGGAAAGUGUCGUCGUCAUUGACGAUAAGAAGACCGAAAAUGUAGUCUGAAGGAAGUGAUACCCCGACCGUUUAGCGGACAAUAACGUCAAGAUCCAACAGGCGCGGGCUGACGGAGUAGAUUUGUGACGCCUAGCAGAACUGAGAUAAGUGGAUAAGCGGAUAUGGCUCGUGGCUCUCGGCGUUGAAUAUUGCUUGUGUAAGAACAAGAGACAUAUUGUACGGGAAAAAUGGCAAAUGGCCAAUACGGAAUAGGCGAUGUAUUCGGAUUGCAUUGUUUGUUGGGACCUCUCUCUCUCUCCUUUCCUUUUUCUUUCUUUUUCCUUGGGUUGUAUCAUGUACUUUAGCAGGCGGAAUACCCACGUUCCUUUCAAUUUACAUCUGUAGGAAGUAUCGAUAAUCAACCUGGUGCCAUUACCUACUCGUAACCCAGAUCCCCUUGUCAAAAGUGAUAGAAGUUGAUAGUGUCCCCUUUUGGCCGUACACGAUGUUU